UACAAUUAGAUAUAAGAGCCAUGAUUGGUAUCAAUUAAUUAGUAAUAGUGCUUAUAACUUCAAGAAGAUGCGUUCUGUGUGUAUUCUUGUAGCAAUAUGUUUUGCCAGCGUAGCAGCUGUUCCAGCUGCAGAUAUAAGUGGAAGGCUUGCAGGGGGUUCACUCGCAACUGUGAAUCAGUACCCAUUUAUAGCUUCUAUGUUAUAUUCUAGAAACGGAGUCUCAUACGUACAGUCAUGUGCUGGUUCCAUUAUUACCAAUAGAGCUAUAUUAUCAUCUGCGUCAUGCUACUUCGGUGAUGCCAACAAUAAUUGGAGAAUUAAAGUUGGUUCUUCUUAUGCAAACAGCGGUGGAAUUAUACACUAUAUAAACUCGAUAUUUAUCAAUGCUGCUUACAACAGUUUCACUCGAGACGGUGAUAUGGCAAUUGUAAGAUCAAACAGCGUAUUCACGUAUACAGCUGCUGUCAACUUUGUAAGGAUUGCGAGUCCCACAUAUAACUUGCCCGACCAAUCAGCUGUUUGGGCUUUAGGAUGGGGACGUACCUCUCCUUCCGGUGCCGCUUCAGAGCAGCUAAGAUACACUCAAAUAUGGACCGUCAAUACAAACGUAUGUAGAAAUAUAUACAGGGGAGUUGGCUUUACAGUAACUGACAAUAUGAUUUGUACUGGAUGGUUGAAUAAUGGAGGUCGCGGACAAUGUGAUGGAGAUAAUGGUGGUCCUCUCAUCCACAACACAGCUGCCGCCGGACUUGCAUUAGUUGGAGUGUUCUCCUGGGGACAAUGCGGGAGUCCUGUAUAUCCCGAUAUCAACACCAGGGUGUCCAGAUACGCCCAAUGGAUCGCUAAUAACGCUUAGCCCGACUGAUGUACUUUGAUUGACGAUAUAAUGUUAUUCUUAAAUAAAUAAGUUUGUUUAAAAUAAA